AUGUUUAUAAAGUCCAUAACUCAAGCUUAUCAUCAUCAAAAUCAAUCCUCCAUAACUCAAGCUAAUCAUCACCAAAAUCAGCCGACUAAGAAGAGGAAAGUUGUGGAGGAAGACGACUCAGAAGAAACCCUAGAGUUACUCCUUAAAUGGAUUAGCGAUACGUCGGAUAUUUCGCCUGAAAAGAUCGUCGGCGACUCGGUGGGACGAUGCAGCAAACCGAUACGGAAACAGUUAAUGGAGAGUGACGUGAAGGAAGAUCAAAACAGGCUUAUGUUAGGGAAGCUACAAGUGGAGAAGUUGAUGUUUACUCUUCUUGAAGAAUCAGAGAUUCCACGAGGGAAAGAAGGGAUUAGGGUUUUGGUUUACGGACCAGACGAAGAGGCUAAUGAGAUGAUGUUCAAGAUGUGGAGUAGUGAGAAGACUCCUGUGUUGACUUGUGGAUGGAACAAGUUCGUGAGAAAAUAUGAGCUUAAGAUGCAUUGUGAUUUUCUCAUGAUUCGGAUGUUUAGGCAUAGAGAGACUCGUAAGAUUUGCUUUGCUAUUGAAUCCACUAGGCUUCCUAUAACGAAGAAGCUUAGUAGGAGGAUUUCGAAGAUUGUCUUCAAGGUCGAGGAUUCAGAUUAG